AUGUCACCUCCCAACCAACCCAAAGUCCUCUUAUUUGACAUUGGGGGUGUUUGUGUAAAAUCUCCAUUCCAGGUCAUCCUAAAUUAUGAAGUCAGCCUAGGCAUACCACCCGGAUGGGUGAACUACUCCAUCUCCAGAACCGCCCCCAACGGUUCAUGGCAAAAGGUCGAGCGGGGUGAGAUGAAAAUCGACAAGGACUUCUACAAGGCGUUCAACCAAGACCUGCACGACACAGCCAGGUGGCGGGACUUCUACCGCAGAGAGCAGGCCAAGGACCCAAAGCUGCCCGAGGAAGUACCCGAGCUCCCGGACGUGGACGGCGAGUGGCUCUUCGAGACGAUGAUGUCGUCGUCCAAUUUCCCGGACCCGUGGAUGUUCCCCGCCUUGCAAAAACUCAAGGCGAGCGGGCGGUACAUCCUGGCCGCCCUGAGCAACACGGUCGUCUUCCCACCGGGCCACGCCCUCCACUGCGAGGACUACUUCGACGACCCCGUGCGCAGCAUCUUCGACGUGUUCGUCUCCUCGGCCCACGUCGGCCUGCGGAAGCCUGACCCUGCCAUCUACCAGCUCGCGCUGGAGCUGGUCAACAAGAACGCCAAGGGCCGGGGCUUGCCCGACGUAGCGCCGUCGGACGUGGUGUUCUUGGACGAUAUUGGCGAAAACCUAAAGCAGGCGAAGAAUCAGGGCUUCCGGACCAUCAAGGUACAUCUGGGCAAAGCUUAUGAGGCUGUGGAUGAACUGGAGAAGAUCACGGGCCUGCAAUUAGCAGGAAAUCAUCCCAAGGUUCCCAGUGGUAGGGAUACGGUUGAAGUGAAGGCGAAGAUCUAA